CACAGUUUCGAGCUAAUGUGUACUCUUACGUUCAAUCAAGUGCUGUACAUGCCAGCAAAAUCAUUCGAGGCUGAUCAUGAGAUAUCUUCGGGGAUUACGACCAAAGCAUUGUGGACAAUCGAUCGCGAUUCGUAGCUUCAGUAUCAGUGUUCGCUCUAGCGGAUCAUCAGACCAAGCCAUGCAAAGACCAAUAAAGGCAGCAUAUUAUCGAGGUGGUACAUCUCGAGCAUUGAUGAUAAAUCCUCGAGAUCUACCAAAAAGCCGUGCAGAAUGGCCAGAUAUUUUCAGACAAAUCAUGGGUACGCCAGAUCCGAACGGCCGGCAGCUCGAUGGUAUGGGCGCGGGCAUUUCCUCUUUGUCAAAGAUCUGCCUGGUGGAACCCUUCAGGAAGCCAGUAGGAGAACACAAAGAAGAUGUGUUUCUAGAUUAUACGUUUGUUGGCGUUGGAAUCGAGUCAGAUGAAGUUGACGUUGCCGGGAACUGUGGUAAUAUGAGCAGCGCCAUCGCUCCCUACGCAUAUAAUUCGAAAGAGCUAUUCCCUGACCAACAUCGACAAAAGGAUGGCGAGGUUUCAGUAAUGAUCCGAAACACCAACACGGGAGCACUGAUUCGUUCUACAUUUAAGGUCGUGGGCGACCAGGCUGCUGUUCAAGGGAAUUAUGCAAUUGAUGGCGUAGCCGGCACUGCCUCUAAAAUCAGACUCGAUUUCUUACACCCAUACGGUUCAAAGACUGGUAAAGUAUUACCUACGGGAAACUUGAUCGAUCAAAUUGCGGGGUUUCAAGUUACUUGCGUGGAUGGUGCAAAUCCAGCGGUCUUUAUUCGCUCAGAAGACGUGGACGUCGAUGGAACAAUUUUGCCGAACGAAUUCAAUCGCCUGCCAGAGAAACUUGCAGUGUUGGAAAAGAUACGUAGACGUGCUGCUGUUGCCAUGGGCUUAACAUCCACGGAGGAUGAUGUCCCAAGAGUUAUACCCAAGAUUGGGAUUGUUUCCCGUUCUAAGACGCACAAAGUCCUCUCUGGCGAAAAGGUCAAUGGCAAUGAUGUAGAUGUUGUAGUGCGAUUUAUAUCGGAUGGUCAACCACAUCGAGCCAUCCCACUUACAAUGGCAUUGACCACCGCUGUUGCUGCCAGGAUAGAAGGAACAAUCGUCUACCAGCUUCUCGCCGAAACUCUCGUUGCGGACGAUGCAAUUACCAUUGGGCAUGCCAGUGGGAAGAUUCAAGUCGAUGCUACGAUGAGUAGUGAUGGGAAAACCCCCGAAUCAGCUACUGUUCUGCGGACUGCAAAGCGAAUCUUUGAGGGUGAUGUCUUUUACACUUCAAAUUUCGAAACCAACAGCCCUACCGAAGGAGGAAAUUCAAGUGCGACUGAACUCGGUCUGUCUUUUGUGAACGAGAGAAGAGGACAGAGUUUGACGUCGAAGCCGGCUGAAUAGCCUCCGAGCGUCACCGGUAUUCUAUAUAUUCAACGUAUGAAGCACUAUUGUAUUCGUUCUUGUAGCUCGGCCUCUGAGGUUCUCAGAUCUUUACUUGCUUUGACCGCAAAUUUGUAUUUACCUAGCAGUGCACGAUUAUGAUCAGAUUACUAUGGUUGAGGGCCAGUGGUCCUCAAGGUCCAUCGAAGACGCCACCAGGACUCUUGAUAGAUGAUGACCGAAUAUAGAGAGCCAGAAGGUAAAUCCACUAUUGGCCAUAUUUGGAGAGGGGGGCUAUAUGUAUUGGCAACGAGAUGCAUGAUGAUCCUGGAUGAUUGUCCUCACUUUUUUGUACCCACGCAAGCACCAUGACCGAGCGGACUAUUAAGUUAAGGUAUAGUAUUAGGUCUUUGAUAUUGACAUCUUUGGAAUUCAAUUCUGAAAUAGAAAAAGAUAAUCCCACAGUUUCUUCAAGCACUACAUAAAUAAGCAAAAC